AUGGCGAAGCAUCAGAAGAGUUUCCAGGACGCUGCUUGGGAGCUUUUCGGCGUGUUUUGUCCAGAAAGAGCUCAGAGCAGUGAAGCAUCGGAUCAGGCAGUUAGGAAAACAGUAGAAAGUUAUCUGUCCAGUUUGCCUCCGGAGGAGAAGAAACGUUUUCUGGAAGAGGCAAAGAAACGCGCUUGCAAAGCUCCGAAACAUACGAGCGGUGGUAGCCAAAGUUUAACCGAGAGCGAUGAAGACGAUCAGGUGGCACCGGGGCUAACAGGAUGUAGCAUGCGAGCAGUACCAGCAGAGCUGCGUCAGCUUCUUCUUGGAAGGAGUCAUCUGUUGCCACAGUUAGAGGACUACAAUGAAGCGCAGAAAAUUCAUUUGAAGUAUCCGGCAGAACUGAGGACUCUUGUGCAGAUACGAACAAAACGAAGAAUGAAUGCCGAGACUAACAGCUUCGUCAAUAUCGGUUUACCAUUUCUCUUCCGAGGAAAUCAUUCCCCGUUGCUCUCAUACCAAGGGUUUGUUUGACU